AUGUAUUGGAAUCGGUCUGAAUCUGAUGUGCUAGCUACUGCCACCGAUCUGACGACUUCUUUCGAUAACAUUGGCGACGAUUUCAACCGUGAAGUCAAUGCUUUAUUCGACUUCAUCAAAGUCGACAUGAAGAAGUUCAAGAAGUCCUCUGAGGGAUUUAAACGGGCAUUGGGUAGGCCCCAGGCAGCAAGAGACCGAACCUUUGUGGUCGUUUGUGGUCAACGCGAUGCAACUUGGCUCAACAAGAAGUUGAAAAGCGAAGAGGCAUCCUCUGAAAUUCUGGAACAAGAGAUUCUGGAUUGGUGA